AUGACGUCCUCGGCCAUGUGUGGGGACCACUGGGCUGGCCACGAAGAGAUCGCCGAAGUCGAAGAGGCGGAGAGAGUGGAACGGGCCGCCAAGCGGCUUGUCAACGAAGUUAAGGACGCAAUGAAGAUGUCGAAAUAUCGUAAAAGAUGUUUUGACCAGAUUGAAGGGAUCAUGGCCAAGAACAAGGCCUUGACUGGGGAGGUGGACCGUCUGGAGGAAGAAAUGGAGCGCAUCUGGAAGGAGAGGGACCAGCUCGACCAGGAGCGCGCUUGCAUACUGGAGAGUGAGCGGAAGGCUGGAGAAGAGCUGAAGGCAAGGAACCGAGAGCUGACUGUGUUGAAAGCUAACACGAAGAAACACCUCGAGGACCCGGUGAAAGACCGGGACCCAUGGAAGAACCGGAGAUGGUUUUAUAUCAAGGAAGAACUAGGCAUCGCCACAUUCUACGACGUCGGCUAUGUUCCUGAGAAGAGGGUCAGCUGGACAGACCGACCAGAGUACACUGGCCAGGUGGAAGAGUUGAUGAGACUGAUCGACUGGUCACGCUUGGAUGGGCCUGGCAUGGUCAGCCACUUCCUCAGACGAGGAGUUAUGCCAUGCCAGAGGAGGGUGCACUCGGCGUACGAGUGCCACGGAAGCCAAGACUCGACCAAGAUGCACCGGGACAACCUUGAGAAAUUAGAGAUCCAGCGAAGGAUCAACAAGCUGUUCAACGUUGCGGACAACAUCUUCAUGCGAAGCGACAAUCGUAUGCACGCUUAUAAGUUGGGUCAACCAGCUCCCAAGUGUGGGGACCACUGGGCUGGCCACGAAGAGAUCGCCGAAGUCGAAGAGGCGGAGAGAGUGGAACGGGCCGCCAAGCGGCUUGUCAACGAAGUUAAGGACGCAAUGAAGAUGUCGAAAUAUCGUAAAAGAUGUUUCGACCAGAUUGAAGGGAUCAUGGCCAAGAACAAGGCCUUGACUGGGGAGGUGGACCGUCUUCAGCUAGAGGCUGAGAAGGAGGCCAAGGAGAAGGCUGCUCAAGAGGAGCGAAUGUUGGACCUGUCUCGGCGACUAGCCGACAAGGACCGCGAGAAAAGGGGUCUGGAGGAAGAAAUGGAGCGCAUCUGGAAGGAGAGGGACCAGCUCGACCAGGAGCGCGCUUGCAUACUGGAGAGUGAGCGGAAGGCUGGAGAAGAGCUGAAGGCAAGGAACCGAGAGCUGACUGUGUUGAAAGCUAACACGAAGAAACACCUCGAGGACCCGGUGAAAGACCGGGACCCAUGGAAGAACCGGAGAUGGUUUUAUAUCAAGGAAGAACUAGGCAUCGCCACAUUCUACGACGUCGGCUAUGUUGCUGAGAAGAGGGCUGGCCACGAAGAGAUCGCCGAAGUCGAAGAGGCGGAGAGAGUGGAACGGGCCGCCAAGCGGCUUGUCAACGAAGUUAAGGACGCAAUGAAGAUGUCGAAAUGUCGUAAAAGAUGUUUCGACCAGAUUGAAGGGAUCAUGGCCAAGAACAAGGCCUUGACUGGGGAGGUGGACCGUCUUCAGCUAGAGGCUGAGAAGGAGGCCAAGGAGAAGGCUGCUCAAGAGGAGCGAAUGUUGGACCUGUCUCGGCGACUAGCCGACAAGGACCGCGAGAAAAGGGGUCUGGAGGAAGAAAUGGAGCGCAUCUGGAAGGAGAGGGACCAGCUCGACCAGGAGCGCGCUUGCAUACUGGAGAGUGAGCGGAAGGCUGGAGAAGAGCUGAAGGCAAGGAACCGAGAGCUGACUGUGUUGAAAGCUAACACGAAGAAACACCUCGAGGACCCGGUGAAAGACCGGGACCCAUGGAAGAACCGGUGCCUUCAGAUCUGGAAGGGUGUAGCCCCGGUGCUAGACCUUAUUAGUCCGGAGCUCCCCAAAGACCAGCCCCGCGCACAGAUUCAAAGCCCAGUUGAGAAAGCGUAG